GCUCGACAGGUAGUUUCCUAGUCCAAAGAAACCCUUCUCUCGCCCGACAGAAGCAGGUCAAACGUCCCGAAACGCACACGCACACGCACCCAUCCUCCCGCUCCCGCCAUCUUCAGCAAAAUGCGUACUCCCUCCCGUCGGUCAACCGCGAGCAGCGGCUGGGAAAUGAUUCCCUCCUUUGAAACCGGAUCCUUCACCAAGGGGAGGUCGCCUCAGUUCAACCCCAACAACAUGUCCUCCGUUCAAGUUGCCAACGCCUCCGCUGACGGCGCACUGGCCCAGCUCGAGGCAGACCUCAACGGCGCCAAUCGCACCGACACCAUCGCCGGCUACCGCCCCGAUCACAAAGCCCCUUCCAACUCUUCCACCGAGACCCCCGGCACCGACGACACCGCCACGCUCACCGGCCUCCCCGCUCCCCUCGCACCCGCCGUCGCCCCGCUCCCUUCCGAGCCCAUUCGUACGCACACGCCGCUGACCAGCUCCAACAUGGACCUGCACCAACGCGAGCUAGGGCAGCUCUACACGGGCAACAUAAAACAAUGGGCCAUCAGCGCCGGCAUCGGCUCCCGCUUCCAAACAGGGGGCAACGAUGACAAUAACAACAGCAACAACGAUACGAUGUCGUCGAGCCUGGAGCACAGCCUCCUGACCGCCCUGACUGCCGGCGGCGGACCCGGCGGCGAGCGCUCCGUCUCGGGAAGCAACAUCAGUCAGGGGGGUGACUGGGUAAUGGUGGUGCCGCCCUCCAAGACCGACGAGGACGUGGCCGGGGCGGGGAUGUGGUCGACCGACAUGCCGAUGCCGCCGGUGAUGGCGACGAGGCGGGCGUCGGUCGCGAGCAGCGACGGCGGCUUCUACUGAGGGAGUGGAAGGGAGUCCUGGGCGGGUUGGAGAGGAUCGAUGAUCGGGGCUCGACGACGGCAGAAGCCCCUUCGGCAGCAGGAAGGGGACUGAGUCUCCGAUGGCCAGCCAGUGUGGCCGGCGUGGGGCAGUGUCGUCGUCUUGAAGGUUGCUCGAAGGGUGUGGGUCCUUGGCCAGGAGAGCUGGAUCGGGGACGUCCAUGAGUGACAGUGGCCAGCAGGUCUGACGAGAUGCGGUUGUCAGGUCUCUCUGGUGGAGAGGUCCGGUCCGGUCCUAAUGUCUGAUGAGGUACACGAGUCGGUCAGAGUUUUCCUCUUUCGUGGGUUGCAUUGGAAAUGGGCAGAACUCCA